CACCGGCUUAUAACCCGUUUGGUAGCUACCAACCCUCACCACUCAUACCCUUCUCCGCCAUCUGUAAUUCGAUUAUAGGAGAUAUCGCCGGCUAGUGAUCGCUUCGAAAAAUGGGGUUGGGCUACGUCGUCGGUGUUCUUGGAGUCUUGGUCCUCUUACACGCGGCCUACUCUACCAUCCAGUAUAGAUCCUUGCUCAAGAUCACGGAGGAGGAGUUCUCCGGACCAACAAUGAAUGUGGUUCUUGAGUUGACUUCAGGGUUGGUUUUAUGCAUGUGGGCUGCACUGACCGUGCCUGGCAAAUUCCGAUCGAUACUUCCCGACUCUGAUGAGAACAGGAUGGUAUCUUUACCUGCCAAUUUGGAAUUCAUGAUCUUCAACCACCGUGGAAAAGCAUUUUCUUCAGAAAUUGAUAUGAAGUUGAAGUGAGACCAGACUUGUCUUGUAUUGUUGAACUUAAAAGUUUUUUUUUUUUUUAGAGAUAAUCAGAGUAGUUUUGUUAUUGUAGUGGUUGCAUAAUUCACAGGAGGAUGGGUACUAUGCUUGUUGAAUUUUUAUGGACAGUAGAUGCAAAGCCCUUACGUGGCUGUCUUUUUGGUCUA